AUGGGGAAAAAACUGUGCGUUGAGGACAAAAAUAGAUUGAAGAAAGGCCAGUGGACUGUGGAGGAAGAUCAAAAACUGAUUGAUUAUAUACAGAAACAUGGGCAUGGGAAAUGGAAGACAGUUUCAAAGGAUGCUGGUAUAUAUGCUAAUUAUCUAUGCUUCUGUUAUGCAGCUUGUGCUUUUGUAUUGCCUUUUUUCAAAUUUCCACUAUGUAUCAGAUGGUCAGCCAUAGCUGCUCGUUUACCAGGAAGAACCGACAACGAAAUAAAGAAUUAUUGGAACACACACAUUAGAAAAAGGCUUCUCAGAAUGGGUAUUGAUCCUGUGACUCAUGCCCCUCGCCUUUGUCCUCUUGAGAUAUACUCCAUUCUGAAUUCAACCCUCUACAACCUACCUCCCGUUCAUACCCGAAAUGUGUUAGGGAUCGAAUCUACACUAAAUCUUGAAGAAUUUCAACCUUUUCAAGUAAACCAAAUUCAUGGUUCAGUCCAAGAAGUUCAAGCUUGUGUAGCCACCACUUCUAGUGCUCCUUUGUUAGAUGAUACCCUUAUCAUGCAAGCCAAUGUGGGGCAAUUCUAUCCACGGGCCGCCAGCUACGGUUGCAGAAGUUCUCUACCAAACUUGUACCGAAACGACGACGAUCAGUCUUCUUGUAUUGGUCUGGGAUUUGUAGAGUUUCGGGCGGCAGAAUAUUACUACAAUAACUAUAAUAAAUCCUUGCUUGAGCUACAAUCUGAAAACCAAAUGUUUCAGUACUCCAACGAAGGUACUCCAAGGUACAGUUUUGGCUCAGUAUUAUCAACACCUUCAUCUGGCUCAAGUUCAACUGCCUUCAACUUGUCUGCUACAACUAGCUACGUCAAUGGCAGCAAUGAAGAGGAGAGAGAAAGCUACUGCAGAAACAUGUUGUUCAAUGUCCCAUAUAACUUGGACGUCGAUGGAAUUAUCAAAGGAAACAUGAACUCCGGCUGA